AUCAGGAACAGAAUCGAAAUCACCUCACACGGUGGCGAUUUGAGUUUAUUAGAUGCACUUGAUGAAGGCAAGAAAGUCACGGUGGCCCCCAAGAAGCCCUCUGGUGGGAACGACUUCUCCCUAGAAGACGCUCUGGGUGGAGGAGGAGACCCCGACCCGGUGCCACCGAAACAGCGAGAGCCACAGCCUCACCCGCAGCCCAACCACCCCGGAUCCUCCGGUGGAUUUUCAGAUUCUGACCUGAUGGAUGCGGCAGGCGGAGAAGGAAACAGAGACGGACAAGGUGGCGGGCGCCCCCGGAAGGAGGGAGAGAGCCCAGAAGAGCAGCCCCAAGGCGUGAUUCCUGGCAUCAUCGGGGCCGUCGUGGUGGCCGUGGCGGGAGCGAUUUCUAGCUUCAUCGCGUACCAGAAAAAGAAGUGGUGCUUCAAGGGCAACGCAGAACACGCCGAAGUUGACUUGCAGAAUUGUCAGACCACCAGCACGGAGCCGCCCGUGCAGCAGAUACUUCUGGAGAAGUAGAGGAAACGCUGCGAGCCGUCCCGACCACCCAGAGGCCCCAGCAAGGCCGGAACGCCUGCCUCGGUCUCCCCGGGACCUGGGUCACCUGCAGGAUGGGGACCCACCGCGCCGUCCCGUGCGGCUCCGGGACGGCC